UUUCUGAAGAAACUGGGGUUUGGAUACCUGUCUCUGUUCCACCGAUGUCAGGGAGCGAACAUGAAGAAUGGAAUAGGGGUUUUUCCUUCGGUGGGGGCUACUUCGCUGAUGGGGACAUGGGAUGGAAUCAGUUUGUUGGAGAAGAGAAAGAGAUGACUAUGUGGGAUGUGGUUCUUGAUAUGCUACUUGUGGCCCGAGGGAAAGUGACUGCUCUUGCUUCAGGUGAUGUCCAUGGUUGCGCGAUUUCCUGGAUAUCAAACAAUCUUCUUGAGCAAGCUUGGAAAGAGAUGGCUCAAACCCUCACGGAAGCUAAUUUUGUUAAUGCAAGGGAAAUCCUUGAAGCAGAGCCACCAAAAUGGUUGGCUGACAGUGCUGCUUCUGCUUGCAUGCUGUGUAAUGUGCGCUUCCAUCCGAUCCUGUGCUCUAGGCACCACUGCCGGUUUUGUGGAGGGAUUUUUUGCAAUCAGUGUUCCAAGGGAAGGAGCUUGUUACCUGCCAAGUUUCACACUGGGAACCCGCAACGAGUUUGUGAUGUGUGCUGUGUGCGGCUUGAUUCAGUCCAGUCACACUUAAUGGACCAAGUAAGUCGUGCUGCACAGUUGCCAACCCAUGAUCUGACAGACCUCAGUACGUUGAGAUCGUGGCUUAAUUUUCCAUGGGGCCAGUCCAUGGAAUAUGAAAUUUAUAAGGCUACAAACACCAUUCGGGGUUACAAUCAGGUUGGCUUGUUGACACCAGAAAAGUCCAUACCAGAUGCUAUUUUAAAACAAGCAAAAGGCCUUGCAAUUCUUACUGUUGCAAAGGUUGGUGUGAUGGUGACCUACAACAUUGGAACAGGGCUAGUUGUUGCACGUAGACAAGAUGGAUCUUGGUCACCACCGUCUGCCAUUUCUACAUUUGGCAUUGGUUGGGGAGCUCAGGCAGGAGGGGAACUGACAGACUUUAUAAUUGUGUUGAGGACAAGUGGUGCUGUACAGACAUUUAGCGGAAAUGUGCAUUUCUCAGUUGGAGCAGGUUUGAGUGCUGCUGUUGGCAUUGUUGGAAGGGCUGCUGAAGCGGAUGUACGUGCUGGUGAUGGUGGCUAUGCUGCUUGCUAUACUUACAGCUGCAGUAAAGGUGCAUUUGUUGGAUGCUCGCUUGAAGGGAGUGUUGUCACCACCCACACCCAAGAAAAUUCCAGAUUCUACGGUAAUCCAUCCAUCAGGGCAUCAGACAUUCUUCUUGGAUUGUUGCCUCGGCCUCCUGCAGCUGCCAUUCUCUAUCAUGCACUGUCAGAUUUGUACCAGAAACUUGAAAGGUGAUCGAUCAACUGUAGAUUCUAUGUCAACCUUUUCCAUUUAUGGUGAAUUUCUGUGUCUAUUCUUUGUUCUAUAUGGAGAAGCAAUCGGUUACACGAGUGGUUGGGUUGUACAGCACAAGUCCCAAAAGAAGAGGUGAGUUCCAAACUAUAUGUACUGAGUUGCCAGUGAUGGAAACUUACCUGAUUGUACAUAAUUUACAUGCCAAACUAUAGAAAAUUCAUUGCUGGGAAGAAACGUUUAUAUAUAUAUAUAUUGAAAUGGUGAUUUUCAACUGA